CUAUUAUUAAGAUGAGAUUUGAUUAGAUUAAUAAUUUUGAAAAAGGGGUCAAAGACUCAAAAAAGUCUGCGUGGAUCUCCAGCCGUUUUCAGACACUUACCCACAAAAUAUUCCUCUCGGCGAUGAUCCCUUUCUGCUGAAUUUUUGGUCCUUUGUCGCUCGACUGUUUUCUUCGUCUACUAUUUGUUCCUUUUGGAUAUUCUUCGGACUUUUCGUUGAUUUGAUUUUCAAGAGGUAAGUUAAUAAACCGUGUUCCCCGAUUCUCCUAUUAAAGAGGUUUGUGAUGUUUUUGAUUUCUAGGUUUUUUGUUGUUUGAAUUUUCUCGUUUGAAAUCUCUAAUCUCUACAAAUCUUCCGUGAUUGAGUUUUGAUUAGUAAAAUGAUUCGUGAUUUGAUUUUGAUUUCUCUGUUUUUAUUAUCUCUGGUUGGUUUGGUUUGAUCAAGUCUCUGAUGCUAGGGUUCGAUAUCGUUUCUGCAUUUCGUAAGAAGAAACCUUUGGUUUAAAUCUCAGUGUUUUAUUUGGCUAUGAAGCAGAGAGAGUUUGAACAAGGAAGGAUUGAACUAUGGAAGAUGCAUCAGAGACUAGCUACUGGUGUCACAUGUGCUCCCGAUCGGUGAUUCCAUUGAUUCAAGACGAAAUCAUCAAAUGCAAUUUCUGUCAAAGUGGUUUUGUUGAAGAAAUGGAUAAUAAUGAUGACCAUCAGGCUGCUGAUUCUCUCUGGACUCCUAUCUUGAUGGAGAUGAUGAACAACAAUCACGACCAACAUUCUACCAAUCAGGAAGACUCAGAAUCUAUUCUUGAAGAUGAAGACGAAGACGAAGAUGAUGGUGAUGAUGGUGAUCAGAACAAUGAUGGAGAAAUUGAUAUAACUCAUCAACUUGAAGAGAUUAGGAGGAUAAGGACUAGACAUUCAACUGCUAUUGUUAAUCUGCUUCAGGGGAUUCGAGCUGGAUUAUUGAUCGAAUCCGAGAACAACGAGGAUAAUCCCGAUAAUAGCGAGCUUGUCGUCUUGAUCAACUCAUUUAACCAAAGGAUCAGGGUUCAUCAAGAUUCUGUAGACACCACUUCUGUUCCUUCUGGAUCUUUGGGUGACUAUUUCAUUGGACCUGGAUUCGAGACGUUGCUUCAGCGUUUGGCUGAGAAUGAUCUGAACAACAGGUAUGGGACACCUCCAGCUACAAAAGAAGCGGUUGAGGCAUUGGCGAUGGUGAAAAUCGAAGAUAGUUUGUUGCAGUGUAGUGUGUGUUUGGAUGAUUUUGAGAUUGGAAUGGAGGCUAAAGAGAUGCCGUGUAAGCAUAAGUUUCAUAGUGACUGCUUGUUGCCAUGGCUUGAGCUUCAUAGCUCAUGCCCUGUUUGCAGAUAUCUGCUUCCUACAGGAGAUGAUGAUGAGCCAAAGACUGAUGCAGAAACAUCGAGAAACGAUGAUAACAAUGAAGAUAUCAGUAAUGCUUCUAUGGCUAGUAAUGGAUCAUCACCAGACUCAAGUUCGAACAAUUCAUCGGUUAACUAAACUAAGGCUCACUAUCUGAGACAGGUUUACUUGAACAGAGGAGAACUGAUGGGAUCGUUUGAGAUCAGUCUUUAGUGUUUAAUGUUAUUUGGUUUGCACAUAGUUUCUCAGAUUUGGUGGAAAAUGUAUUCUUUGGAAUUAAUUAACAGUCUUUUUUUUUUUUUGACUUUACAUUUUCUUUCUGGUUUGCUUCAAUUUGUUCCGAUUAGUUACAACUAUAGUGACCAGAAUUCAAACAGAAAAAAAUGUAAUAAUUUGUGCAGUCAUCCCAAUCUUCUUUGUGCAGAAGACUUGAUCCUGUCUUAUGUGUAUUAUAAUUAGUUAAUUA